GUCCAUUGAUUUGUAGAGCACUAUCGCAGGCUCUGUUCCCAAUGACGGCAGACAGCUGCCCAACUCGUUUCGAGCCUACAAUCCGGUCGACGGCUGAUCCUGCUAUUGCUGCUCGGCCAUUAUCGAAAAAACGAGUGAAUAGACUGAGAUCGCUUCCGAUGAUGCUGGUCAUGAUUCAAAGCGCUGGCAUCAAGAAGGCGUAAAGAACGAGUGGGGAAGUCGUGAAGCUGUUAGGCUGGAUUGGGCUUCAUAUGAAGCCUGGCCGACCCGCUCGGCUCAUACUCGUGCCGGAUGGGCGACGAUGCUUGAUUUCAGUACCCGUGAUUUCGAAAGUAGAAGUACAAGUACAUUGUUAUUGGCUUGUCCACAAGUACGAUAGGAUUCGCGAUUUGCCGCGUCGCAGCCGGUCAGUCGAGAGGGGCAUAGCGUGUGGACAAGGACGAGUAGAAUCCCUGACGUGUCUUGUCGCCCUGAUGAUGGUGAUGUGGAUGACGAUCAUGUUCGAGUUCCGGACCUGCCCCACUUCCUUCCUAUGCCUUGCAGUAGUACGUAGGGCUCAUGCGAACACUCAGAUGCCCUGAGCUACAUCGCAACUACACGAACCAAAUCCCUACUACGAGUACCGCAUUAAAUUAACUCGCAGGCUCAUUCACG